AUGUGGAAAGCUCUCCUGUCCUCUGUCAAAGGAAUCGUGGUGUUCCUGAAGGGCCAGGAGCGAGGCAGCCACUCCCCUGUAGCCACCACAGCCUUGAGGGGCGUGCUGGAGGACGGCUGGUGCGUGUACCUACACACAGCGCCUGCUCCUGCUGGGGGCCGGGAGCGGGAGGCGCAGCUGCAGUUCGCCAGGCACGUGCUGUUUCAAAUACUGAGAUGCAAGGCUCCUGUUGUUUGCUUCAAUGCUAAGGACUUUGUGAAAACGGUGCUGCAGGUUUUUGGUGAUGGCAUCAGUUGGAAGCAUGUUGCUGACUUUGUAGGUCUUGACCCCAGAAUUGCUGCGUGGCUUAUAGACCCCAGAGAUGCCACACUCACCUUUGAAAAGUUAGUGACAAAAUACCUUGAGAAAUCCGUCACAGUUCACGUGGACAGCACUUACGGGAAUUACUCGAGAAACAUGGUGAAUCAGAAUGUAUGUGUGAAUCUGAGAGUACUGCACAGACUUACCAUGCAGCUUUGUUCCCAGCUGAAGGCUUAUGGUCUAUGGCAACUGUUUUGGACUUUGGAGCUUCCUCUGAUACCAAUAUUGGCAGUGAUGGAAAGUCACAGCAUUCAGGUGGACAGAGACGAGAUGGAGAGGACAUCGACCCUGCUUGGGGCCCAUCUCAGGGAGCUGGAGCAAGAAGCCCAUUUCGUGGCGGGUGAAAGGUUUCUCAUAACGAGCAGCAGCCAGCUGCGAGAGAUUCUCUUCGGCAAGUUACAGCUGCACCUGCGGAGUCAAAGGGCUCUCCCCAAAACAGAGCUGCAGAAGCAGCCGUCUACAUCGGAAGCCGUGUUAAAUGCUCUGAGAGAUGUUCAUCCACUGCCCAAGAUCAUUUUGGACUAUAGGCAGGUUCACAAGAUCAAGUCGACCUUUGUCGACGGAUUGCUAGCAUGCAUGAAACAGGGCUCCAUCUCCUGCACGUGGAAUCAGACUGGAACGGUGACAGGAAGGCUGUCUGCCCAGCACCCUAAUAUCCAAGGUAUCUCCAAGCACCCAAUUCACAUUACUAAACCUCCGAAUAUUAAAGGGACCCUGGCAGUAAGAAGCCGCAGGAAGGACAUCCCUGUGGAACACGUGACACACGUGGACAGAGAGCAGACCAAAAGGGUGGUGUACGCCGUGAUCUACGGAGCAGCUCUCACGGUGUCUCAGCCAGCCUUCUCGGGUGAGGCCAUGGAAGCUGGACUGCACAGCUCAACCGUGGCCCUCACCCUGGCCCUGACCCUGACCAUGGACCCUGGCCUUGGCUGCUGCUUGCUCUGGGUCCCUCCUGUGGCCGUGGACCUCUCGUCCUCUCCUUAA